CACAGCAUGCCCGUCGGAAAGCCCAUCUGGAAGCUCAACGGCAGCUGGUCGCGCCUGCUCUCCUCCGACCGUCUCCGCCGCUCCUCGCAGGUGCUGUCCGUCAUCGACAAGACAGCCUAUGUCUUUGGCGGCGAAGUGCAGCCGCGGCAACCCAUAGAUGACCAGCUUGACGUCUUUUCCCUCGCAUCUGAUGCACCGCAGCUCGAGACCAAGUCAAUCGGCGCAGCUCCCAGUCCCCGCGUGGGGACCGCGUCCGCCGUGCUCAAUGGCAGCAUGUACCUCUUCUCCGGCCGUGGAGGCACCGACAUGGCCCCCAUUGAAGAAGAGGGCGCCGUCUGGAGCUACAGUCCGGCCCAGUCGUCGUGGUCGAUGAUCAAGCCCGCCGAUUCCUCGAAGCCGUAUCCUCCCGCGAGAAGCUACCACUGCGCGACCAGCGACGGUAAGAGCACGCUCUUCAUCCACGCCGGAUGCCCUGCAAAAGACCGCCUGUCCGACCUCUGGAAGUUCGACGUCUCCAGCCAGACCUGGACACAGGCCCCCGACGCUCCGGCUCCGCCGCGUGGAGGCACGUCGAUAGCGUACAGUGGCGGAAAGCUAUACAGGAUGAAUGGCUUCGACGGAAAGACGGAGCAGGGCGGCAGUGUCGACAUCUUCGACGUCGCGGCCAACACGUGGUCCACUGAGGCUUUCGAAGCCGACGGUUACAACGGGCCCGAGCCGCGCAGUGUUUGCGCUCUGCUCCCCGUCAGACUGCAGAAGAAGGACAAGCUGCUAACCCUGUUCGGCGAGCGAGAUCCGUCUUCGCUGGGCCACGCUGGCGCGGGCAAGAUGCUGGGCGACGUCUGGGUGUACGACAUUACGGAGAACUGGUGGACGAAAUUGGAGCCGACUGGAAGCGACGGUGUCCCAGAGCCCCGUGGUUGGUUCGGUGCAGAUGUCGUGAAAGCGGAAGACGGCAACGACAGCAUUGUGUUGCAUGGCGGCCUUGGAGAGGACAACCAAAGGCUCACCGAUGUGUGGCUGCUCACCUUCUGAGGUAGGAUUGAGCUACUUGCUCGAGCUUGUCGAUAUACCCGUAUGCAUUUUGCGAAGUGGGUCUACGUACUCCUCUCAACAUACAUGUAAACAUACCGGCUAAAUUGCUUGUCCCUCUACCCCUUCAGCAUCCCAUUCCUUAGACUCCAACCCCGUGUGCAGAUACGCACUCGUUGUCUUCACGGAGGGAUCUGCUGGUGAUCCCCAAAAUCUGUCCUAGUAGUCUUUUGUUUCCCAUACACCAUAUUGGGUUGGCUUAGGCGCCUCUAAAAAAGGAGAUAUGGAAUACAAUGCCACGUCCUCGCAUCCGUACGUGAUGGAUCGCGUGGUGGAUUUCUGGUCCUCGCUUCAACUCCAUCUUUCGCAUCCUAAGGACAUCGCGAUCGCCGACCUAGCCCCUACCAGCGCGAAUAGCAUGAGCG